AUGAAUCCAUCGAACCAGUCAAGCAAUCCGUUGGCAAUAGCGUCGUACGGCUUAAAUGUCGCAGUUCGCCGAAGUCUGACGAGCCAUCGCAUCAGUGAGGCAAGGAAUCUGCGCGGCACGUUCACGAAGGAUUACAGCGGAAAUUACCGAACUGCGAACUUCAUCAGUCACGAUAUAUUCCUAAAGCAGGGCUGGAAAAAUAUCGAAAACGAAAUCGCCGUGCUAUGGUUAUGCUCCGGCUCGGAGCACAUCGUGGACCUGCAGACAGUGUAUCAGCCGAGCCUGGCUGACCUUCCGGCACUCUACCUGAGACGUGUGCCCGGCAUUAGCCUGCAGGAGAUGCUCUGCCGUCAGCCGAACAUUUCAGAGCAGCAAGUGAAAAUGGUAAUACGCGGUUUGCUUCGUCCUCUGGGCUUUCUGCACAGUAUGGGCAUAGCACACCUGGACCUGAAACCAAAAAAAGUGCUGCUGUCGGGCGACCGUUUAGGAGAGGGUGUGAAGCUGUGCGGUUUUCGGCUUACCCGGCUCAUCUAUGGAGAAGUCUUGGUAGCGCGCAACAACACAAUCGACCGUCAGUACAAGGCACCGGAGGUGUUACGGCUAGAACCGGUGUCACUUGCGACGGACAUUUGGUCCGUCGGCGUGAUGGCCCAAGUCAUGCUGACUCCGCGUACUUCAAGCAACUGCGUCUUGCCCCUUCCCGACAGAGGCCCGUUAGCUUUCAUAAACAUUCUACGCCCCCAAGUGUCGGCGCAGGCGGUCGAUUUUAUCGAUCGAUGCAAAGGGCAGCAAAG